AUGGCGAAACACCCCGUCAUUGCGAUCGCUGGACUGGCCUGCGAGACUUCCACCUUCUCCCCAGCUCGGACAGACGCUGCAGCCUUCCACCCACGUCGGGGUCGGGAAAUAAUUGACCAAUACGCCUUCUUGAGCCCAGGGACCCCGCUUGGUGACCGAGCCAGGUGGGAAGGUGCCUUGAUCGGCCAUGCUUUGCCUGGCGGAGUGGUUACUCGGGCGGCGUUUGAGGAACUGGCAAAUGAGAUCUUGACGCGGCUCGCCCAGAUUUGUGAUUCCAGCCCUGUCGACGGGUUAUGGUUCGACAUCCACGGUGCCAUGUGCGUCGAAGGGCUAGACGAUGUGGAGGUAGAACUUCUUCGGCGGAUUCGUCUCGUCAUUGGAUCCGAUGUCAUUGUAUCCGCUUCCAUGGAUCUGCAUGGAAAUGUCUCCGAGGAGCUUGCGCAUCAAUCGGAUCUCAUCACCUGCUAUCGCAUGGCGCCGCAUGAGGAUGAACUGGAUACCAAAGAGCGCGCGUGUCGCAAUCUCGUUGACCUUCUAACUCGCCAAGAGGACCCGAGGCCUCGUCCGUUGAAGGCGUGGGCCAAGAUCCCUAUUUUGUUGCCCGGGGAGCAAACGUCGACUCGGGUCGAGCCCGCCAAGGGUCUGUACGAGCUUGUUCCCGGAGUGGAAGCCACACCGGGAGUGAUAGAUGCGGCGAUCUGGGUGGGUUAUGCGUGGGCGGAUGAGCCUCGCAACCAUGCGGUCGUGAUGGUGACGGGCUGGGAGGCAGAGGUCGUCACUCGAAAGGCUCAUGACCUGGCCACACACUUCUGGGAUUGCCGGGAAACCUUCCAUUUUGUGGCUCCCACGGGCACUUUGAGUGAGUGUAUCGACGUCGCACUCCAAUCCGAUCGCCGUCCAUUCUACAUUUCGGACUCCGGGGACAACCCAACGGCCGGAGGUGCCGGAGAUGUCACUUGGACGCUCGCCCGAGUCAUUCCGGGCCAGCAGGCAGCGGAAACCAUUGCCCAAGCGGGCGUUGGGGCCACCGUGACCGUCAUUGCAGGGGCAGAAGUGGACAGCAUUCACGAAGGGCCCAUCACCAUGACUGGUCGGGUGCAUGCCAUCAAACAUGGAGAUCGGAACGCAAUCACCGAAUGUGUUCUCCAGGUGGGCAGUGUGUUUGUCAUCAUCACCAAGUUGCGAAAGCCCUACCACCAUGAGUCUGACUUCACCGAGCUCAACCUGGGACCCCGGUCGGCGGAUAUCGUGAUCGUCAAAAUCGGGUACCUGGAGCCUGAGCUGUACGAGAUGGCGGCAGACUGGAGACUGGCCCUGACUCCGGGUGGUGUCGAUCAAGAUUUGAGUCGCCUGGGACAUUGUCGGAUCCAUCGGCCCAUGUGGCCAUUUGACCACCGCUUCGUUCAGCCUCCGGAUCUCACUCCGCGGUUGAUUCCAGCAUCGAAUGAACCCUUUGGCGAAACUCCCUGA